AUGGCAGCAAAAGACAAGAAGUCGUUCAUAACGAUGGAGCCAAAUGACACGAUACGUUUCGUCGGCGACUUUAAUAGCGAAAUCAAGACACAUCUGAAGAUUACUAACAAAAGCGAUAUGAAGCAAGCAUUCAAAAUAAAGUGUACCCGAAACGACCUGUUCAAAAUUCGACCUGCAACCGGAAUUUUAGACUACAAUCAAACGUCAAACAUCACUCUCACAUACAAGCCAAAUGGAGAGAUUCCGGAAAACGACAAGCAUCACUUUGGAGUCUAUCACAUUCCUGCACCGGAAGGUUGCACAUGUGAAGGCGCCUGGAGUGAACAUUAUGGACCUCCACAGGGAGAAUUCAGACUAAAGGUUCAAUUUGAAGAGGCGAAGUAG